CCCCCUUAUUUGUUUCUCAGGCACACAGUCUGACCUUCGCCUUGUUAGAAAGAGAGAAAGAGAGGGAGGGGCUUUUGCUUUCGUUGUUGUUUGUGAACUAACUGCCUGUUUGUAUUUCCCGGAGAGUUUUUAUCUUCCCUAAAAUUGAACGAACUUCCCCUUUCUUGGGAAUGUUUAGACUGUUACCUGUGACUAUUAUUUACUCUGCUGUCUUAUCCAACCGUCGCUUCGUGAUCCCAUUUCGCUAGCCAAAACCGGAUUUGAGCUUAGUGCUAAAAAAUUCCGGAUUUUGUAUCGCUUAAAGGGUUUUUGGGACAGAAAUUUGAUCUGUGUAUUGAAAAUUGAAGAUUUCUGGUCUGGGGGUAAUAUAGCUUUGGAGAUUUAGAGAUGAAGAUUGAGGGGGGUUUGGGUGGUGGGUUGUGGAAUGAUGAGGAUAAGACCAUGCUUGCGGCGGUUCUGGGCACCCGAGCUUUCGAUUACUUGCUGUCGAGCUCGGUUUCGAAUGAGAAUUUGUUAAUGGCUGUGGGGAGUGAUGAGCAUUUGCAAAACACACUUUCCGAUCUCGUGGACUGCCCAAACGCGUCUAAUUUUAGCUGGAAUUACGCAAUCUUUUGGCAGCUUUCAAGGUCCAAGUCGGGGGACUGGGUUUUGGGGUGGGGAGAUGGGUCUUGUAGGGAGCCUAGGGAGGGGGAGGAGUCUGAAGCUAUGCGUAUUCUCAAUCUUAGGCUUGAGGAUGAGACUCAGCAGAAGAUGAGGAAAAGGGUGCUUCAGAAUCUGCACAAGUUGUUUGGGGGAUCAGACGAGGAUAAUUAUGCCUUAGGAUUGGAUCGUGUUACUGAUACGGAGAUGUUCUUUCUCGCAUCGAUGUAUUUCUCCUUCCCGCGAGGCGAGGGCGGUCCAGGCAAGUGUUUUGCAUCUGGGAAGCAUGCUUGGUUCUCGGAUGCACUGAAGUUGCAGUCCGACUAUUGUGUCCGGUCGUUCCUUGCUAAAUCUGCCGGAAUUCAGACCAUUGUCUUAGUCCCAAUUGAGGUGGGUGUGGUUGAGUUGGGUUCAGUGAGAUCUGUUGGUGAAAAUCUAGAACUGUUGCAGUCAAUAAAAUCAUCAUUCUCAACACAUCCUUUACCAGAGGCGAGGGUUAAAUCAGUGCCAGCGUUUCCGGUGGUGAAUGAUACGAAAGAUGAAAACGUCCCUUUCACAAAUUUGGGGUUGGUGGAUAGAGUGGAAGCGGUUCCUAAGAUUUUUGGGCAGGAUUUGAACACUGGUUACUUGGGUCGACCCCAACACAGAGAGAAACUUGCUGUCCGAAAGUUGGAAGAGAGGCCAUGGGAAGUUUCUCCUAACAGGAGUAAGAUUACAUAUCCCAGCCCACGAAAUGGUCUUCAUGGUUCAGGUUGGGGACAUAUUCGUGGCAGUGUUGUGAAGCAGGGGAACCCAGCAGAAAUUUAUUGUCAACAGACCCCAAAUAACUUGCAAGAGCUUGUUAAUGGGGCUCGAGAAGAAUUUCGGCUAAAUCACUAUCAGCCACAAAAACAACUGCAAAUGCAAAUUGAUUUUUCAGCAGCCACCUCAAGGCCUUCUGUGAUUUCCGGACCAAUUAGUGCUGAAUCUGAGCAUUCAGAUGGUGAAGCCACAUGCAAGGAAGAGCGGGCAGGUGUAGCUGAUGAAAGGAGACCCAGAAAACGAGGCAGAAAGCCUGCAAAUGGAAGAGAAGAGCCGCUCAAUCAUGUGGAGGCAGAGAGACAGCGACGUGAGAAGUUGAACCAACGGUUCUAUGCUUUACGAGCUGUUGUGCCAAAUAUCUCCAAGAUGGAUAAAGCUUCCCUGUUGGGAGAUGCCAUUGCUUACAUCAAUGAGCUUCAGGCAAAGCUCAAGGUCAUGGAAGCAGAGAGGGAGAGAAGUGGGACUAGCUCAAGAGAUACAUCAUCUUUGGAGGCUAAUCCAAAUGCUGAAAACCCAUACCGGACUCCUGAUAUUGAUAUUCAAGCUGCCCAUGAUGAAGUUAUUGUCAGGGUGAGCUGUCCUUUAGAUUCACACCCGACAUCAAGGGUCAUCCAAGCAUUAAAAGAGGCACAAGCUACUGUAAUUGAGUCAAAAAUAGCCACAGCAAAUGAUACUGUGUUUCAUACAUUUGUAAUCAAGUCUCAAGGAUCUGAGCAAUUGACAAAGGAAAAGUUGAUCGCAGUGUUUUCAUCCAACUCCUUACAGCCAUUGUCAUCGGGUGGAUAGCAUCAGAAUCAGAUUCGACAUAGUCUAUAGGCAUAAUACUUAGAAGGGAACCAGAUUGAAAGCUUCUUCACAGGUUUUGAUAUACAACAGUGGAUGCUAUAAGGAAACAUGGCACCAGCUAAAGUAGAAUAAUAACUACCUAUUGACCGAGUAGGGCAGCGAAUUUUCUGCGAUUGUUUAUAGUAUACAGUUUCUGUCAUAAGUGAAGCAUUCCUGCGAGGUGAAUCAAAUCUGUGAGUUAAACCGACUCUAUUAUUGUUGGUUGUUAAGGAGCAGAUAUGUUCUUCUGUUUUUUGAUGCUAGUUUCUCCAAUUUAUUUUCAUUUGCCAAGUUCUUUGGAAAAGCAGACGUUACUUGUAAACUCACUGCUGCUCUUUGUCCUCUGGAGGAUUAAGGGAUGUUUUCUGAGAUAUAUGUAUUUGAUGCAUAUAAGUUCGAAUUUUGGUUAGGCAUUUA